CCUGUUGUCCACCUCCUUCUGCUCCUCCUCCUCCCUCCUCUCGCAACACACCCACCCACCCUCCUUUGGCUCUCCUCCCCGCGCCGCCUGUUCUCACCCACCCCGCCGGCACCGCUGCACCGCCGAGCCCCGUGCGCCGCGCCAUGGCUGCUGCCGCGGCCGACCUCGUGUCGCUCGUCUCGGCGACGGCGCAGACGACCGUCUACCCGUCCGACGAUGCCGUGCUGAGCUUCCUGCAGCAGCGCUUCCGCGUCGAGCUGCCGUACACGCGCCUCGGCGCCAGCACGCUCGUCGUGCUCAACCCGCUGCGCACGCUCGCCAACCUCAGCGACGCCAGUGCGGAUGCCUACCGCAAGGCCUACGCCGAGGCCGCGUGGGAGGCCGCCGGCGAGCAGCACCCCGACGAGAAGCUGCCGCCGCAUCCGUACGAGUUCGCCGCGCGCGUCUACCAUUACAUGCGCCGCACGGCGCAGAGCCAGGCCAUCGUCUUCAGCGGCGCCACCAACGCCGGCAAGACGUACACGUCCAAGCUCGUCACCGCGCAGCUGCUGCGCCUCGCGUCGCAGGGCUCGAAGCGCGAGGCCAAACUCGCAGAGCAGGUGCGCGCCUUUGACGUCCUGCUCAACGCCUUUGGCGCCGCCAAGACCAAGUCGAACGGCAACGCCUCGCGCCACGGCCGCUACCUCGAGCUGCACUACUCCGAGCAGGGCCGCCUCGCCGCCGCCAAGGUGCUCACGUUUGGCCUGGACAAGGACCGGCUCUGUGCGCCGCUCGCGCCCGAGGAGCGCACCUACCACGUCUUCUACCAGCUUCUGGCGGGUGCCACGCAGGAUGAGCGCGAGGCGCUGCGCCUCGAGGAUGUCACGUCGUACGCGCUGCUGGCCUCGUCGGGCUGCUACCGCCUCUCCGGCGGGCCGUCUUCCGACGACGGCAUCGCAAUGGACGAGCUGCGCGCGGCCAUGCGCACGCUGGGCUUCAAGCCAAAGCACUUUGCCGCGAUCUUUGCGCUCCUCUCUGCCAUCCUCUGCCUCGGCAGCCUCACCUUUGCCGACCCAGAAGGCCACGACCAGCUCGCCGAGGCGGCGCACAUCACGAGCGCGGGCGCACUCGAAGACGCUGCGGCGCUGCUUGGCGUGUCCGAGGACGACCUCGAGCAGUGCCUGACCACGCGCGUGCGCUUCGUGCGCAAGGAGCAGGUCUCGUCGUUCCUGGAUGCCUCUGCUGCGGCCGUGCAGCGCGACUCGCUUGCGCGCGACCUGUACGCCACGCUCUUCGCGUACGUCGUCGAGACGGCGAACCACCGCGUGUGCCCUGGCCCCGACGAGCGGCACGCCACGCAGAUCGUGCAGCUCGAUGUGGCGGGCUACCAGUCGCGCGCCGGCUCCUCACUCGCGGCGCCUCCGCCGGGCGGCGCACAGGCCAGCGCGCACUGGGAGUUUGCCGGCGCCAACUUCGUGAGCGAGGUCGUGCAGAACUUCCUCGUGCGCCAGGCGUUCGACAACGACACGCCCGCAAACGCCGAGCUGCUCGCCGACGGCCUCUCGCUGCCCGACAUUGUCACGGGCGACAACACGGCCUGCGUCGAGCUGCUGCGCGGCUCGCGCUCGCUCGGCGGACCCGCCGACCGCAAGCCGGCAGGUGUGCUGGGCAGCCUGGACAAGGCCGUGCACCGCGUGCGCACGGGCAAGGCCAAGGAGGACGACGAUGCGGCGCUCCUGACGGAGCUCGACCAGCACGGUGCGCACGGCUCGUACGUGGCCUCGACGAGCAGCAACAUGUCCAGCGCGCAGGGCCCCCGCCGCGUGUUCGGCAUCAACCACUACCAGGGCCAGUGCUCGUACGACGUGCGCGCGUUCGUCUCGCGCGAGAUGGACGUCUUCGACUCGUCGUUCGUGCAGAUGCUGCGCCGCAGCCAGGUCAGCUUCGUCGCCAAGCUCUUCGCCGGUCCGAGUCUCGCCACCGAGGCGCACCCGCUCGACGCCAACAUUGUCGUCAACGCGCAGGUCUCGGUGCGGCCACUGCGCCAGCCGACCCCGCUGCACCCCGCGGCGCCUCUCGCCGAGCCUCUGCUCGACGCGCAAAAGGUCUACGGCGUCUCGCGGCAGCUCAACGCUGCGCUCAGCGAGAUCCUGAGCACGCUGCAGCACGCCGGCAAGGUCUGGACGGUGCUGGCCAUGCGGCCCAACGACAUCGACCAGCCGAACAGCUUUGACGGCCGCCGCGUCAAGGCGCAGCUGCGCAGCCUGCUGCUGCCCGACCUAGUUGCGCGCAAGCGGCACGACUACGCCACUGGCCUCUCGUUUGCCGAGUUCUGCCAGCGCUACGCCGACAGUGUCUCGCCGGCCGCAGCCGCCGCGGGCGUGUCUGAGCCGCGCGAGAAGAUUCAGGCGUUCGCGAUCGGCAACGCGUGGCGCGACGGCCAGGACUAUGCACUCGGGCAGUCGCGCGUCUGGCUUGCCUACGGCCCCUGGCGCCGGCUGGAGGACCGCCUCCGCGCCAGCGAGCCUGCAGACCUGCAGGUGGACGUGGACGACCGCGCCGACGCGAUGACUGAGCGCAGCGGCAUGAGCCCGAGCUACCCGCCCGGCGGCAUGGGCCGCAGCACCAGCUACCUCAACCCCUCGACGCCCAUGGGCGGCGACGGUGACCUGGGCAAGGGCGGCUUCGGCGAGAGCGAGGACCAGCUGCUCCUGCGGCGCCCGAGCAAUGUGUCGAACCCGUUCACCGGCGGCGCGGACUCUGUCAAGGAGGCCGGCGCGUGGGGCUCGGAGUGGGACAAGGGCGCGUACGGCGGCGUCGCGAACCCGGGCAUCGUCGGCACGCUCGAGAAGUCCGGCGACCUGGAAGGCAAGGCGAUCGACGCCGUCACCGAGGAGCCCGUCACGGCGGUGCGCCGGUGGUGGGUGCGCCUCGCGUGGGCCUUCACCUGGUGGAUCCCGUCCUUUGUCCUGUCGCGCUGCGGCGGCAUGAAGCGGCCCGACGUGCAGAUGGCCUGGCGCGAGAAGGUGACGAUCUGCGGCCUGAUCGCCCUGUUCUGCGGCGUCGUGCUGUUCUGGAUUCUCGGCUUCGGCGCGAUCAUCUGCCCGGGCACCAAGACGCUGUACAACGCCGCCCAGCUGGGCGAGCACAACACGGCCAAGUCGUACUACACUGCGAUCCGCGGCGAGGUGUACGACCUCUCCAAGUGGGCCGGCGGCCGGCACGCCGCGGGCGUGACGAGCGACGUCAUGACGGAGCUCGCCGGCCAGGACCUCACGCCGUACUUCCCGAUCCCGCUCAACGUCGGCUGCCCGAACCUCGUGACCGACCCGACCGUCGCGCUGCAGACUAACGGCUCGUCGACGUACUACUCGGCCGCAUUCACACAGGCGAUCCACCUCAGCGGACCCUCGGCGCCCGACCAGGCCAGCACGCUGGCGAACGCGCAGUGGUACCCCAACACGCUGCUGCCGUUCCUGCGCAAGUACUACCACGGCACCUUCGUCGUCGCCUCCAAGGCGGUGCGCGACCAGGCGACGGACCGCAACUGGGCCGUGGUCAACGGCCGCAUCUACGACCUCGGGAACUACAUCUACACGAAGAGCCUGACGUCCACCGUCAGCUCGUCGCCGACGCUCUUCCUGCCCGAGUCGGUCAGCUCGCUGUGGGAAAAUCAGCCCGGCCAGGACAUCACGAGCGACUUCAACUCGGCCAUGGGCAGCCUGAACACGACGACGCGGCGCGCGACGCAGCAGUGCCUCGACAACAUCUUCUACAUCGGCCAGACGGACAAGCGCGAGACGGCGCGCUGCCAGGUGAACAACUACCUGCUGCUCGCCUUCUCGUGCCUCAUCAUGGCCACGCUGCUCGCCAAGUUCCUCGCCGCGCUGCAGCUGGCGCCGAAGCGCAACCCGGAGCAGCAGGACAAGUUUGUCAUCUGCCAAGUGCCAUGCUACACGGAAGGCGAGGAGGAGCUGCGCAAGACCAUCGACUCGCUGUCCAACCUGAAGUACGACGACAAGCGCAAACUCCUCUUCAUCAUCUGCGACGGAAUGAUCGUCGGAUCCGGAAACGAGCUGCCCACGCCCCGCAUCGUGCUUGACAUCCUCGGCGUCGAUCCGAAGAUCGACCCGGAGCCGCUGAUGUUCAAGAGCGUCGCCGACGGCUCGAAGCAGCUCAACUACGGCAAGGUCUACUCGGGUCUCUACGAAUUCGAGGGGCACGUGGUCCCGUACAUCGUGGUGGUGAAGGUCGGCCGCCCGUCCGAGCGCACACGGCCCGGCAACAGAGGCAAGCGCGACACGCAGAUCCUGCUAAUGCGGUAUCUCAACCGCGUCCACUUCGAUGCGCCCAUGUGUCCGCUCGAGCUGGAGAUCUACCACCAGAUGAAGAACGUCAUCGGCAUCGAUCCCGCCUUCUACGAGUACAUUCUCAUGGUCGACGCCGACACGAGCGUGGAACCGGAGGGCCUGAAUCGACUGGUGUCCGUCGCCGCCGACGACUCGCGCGUGAUUGCCAUCUGUGGCGAGACCAAGGUCGAUAACGAGGAGGGCUCCUGGUGGACGAUGAUCCAAGUGUACGAGUACUACAUCUCCCACCACCUGUCCAAGGCCUUCGAGUCGCUGUUCGGCAGCGUGACGUGUCUUCCGGGCUGCUUCUCGAUGUACCGCAUCCGCAGCGCAGACAAGGGCCGCCCGCUGUUCAUCUCGAAUCGCAUCAUCGACGAGUACUCGGAGAACCGCGUCGACACGCUGCACAAGAAGAACCUACUCUCGCUCGGCGAGGAUCGCUACCUCACCACCCUGAUCCUGAAGCACUUCCCGUCGUUCCGCACCAAGUUCACGCCCGACGCGCACGCCCACACUGCCGCGCCGGAGCGCUGGGGCAUUCUGCUGUCGCAGCGUCGCCGCUGGAUCAACUCGACGGUCCACAAUCUGGCGGAGCUCGUGCUGAUGCCCGAGCUCUGCGGCUUCUGCUUGUUCUCGAUGCGCUUCGUCGUGUUCCUCGACCUCGUCGGCACGAUCAUCCUGCCCGCAACGACCGUCUACCUGGUGUACCUCAUCGUCGUCGUGGCUACGGGCACGGCUGCGCUGCCGAUCAUCUCGCUCGCGCUCAUCGGCGCGACGUACGGCCUGCAGGUCAUCAUCUUCCUCCUGAAGCGUCAGUGGCAGUACAUUGGCUGGCUCAUCAUCUACCUCUGCGCGUACCCCGUGUGGUCCUUCUUCCUGCCGCUCUACUCGUUCUGGCACAUGGACGACUUCAGCUGGGGCAAUACGCGUAUCGUCGUCGGCGAGAAGGGCAACCGCAAGAUCAUCGCCGGCACCGACGACGAGCCGUACGACGACAGCAUGAUCCCGCUGAAGCGCUUCAGCGAGUACCAGCGCGACGUCUUUAACGACCCCGACGCCGCCUCGCUGCGCUCCGGCCUCACGGGCGUCAGCGGCGCGGGCCCGUUCUCGAACAACUACGCCAUCGGCAUGGGCUACCCGCAGCAAGUGCAGCGCGGCCCAGGCAGCUACUACGCCGGCUCGGACGCAGGCUCGGCGGCGUACGGCGCGCCGACGACGCACGGCGGCGACUACUUCCAGAACACCAACGUCGUCGCGCACUCGCGCCAGAACUCGUCGAGCCAGGUGCUCGGCGGCUCGCGCGGCCCGUCGCGCAUGCCGUCGCAGGCCUUUGGCUCGACGAACCCCAUCGCGCCGUCGCCGACGAUGUCGCCGUUCGGCUCGCCGAUGUACGGCAUGCAGGGCACGCCCAUGUCGAUGUACUCGCUCGGGCCCCAGAGCAUGUACAUGGGCGCCGGCGGCGCGCCGAUGUACCCGCAGGCGUCGCCGGGCAUGGCGCACUCGCCGAGCGGCUCCGAGGUCGGCUUUGCCAGCCCGCGCGCCUCGGCGAUUCUGCCGCAGCACACGGGCGGCAGCGGCAUGUGGGGCAGCCCCGGCGGCCAGCCGUCGCGUGCCCAGAGCACGUACGCGCUCGGCGGCAACAACCCCUUCGCCGCGCCCGUCGGCGCCCCUGCGGCGCCCGACGCGCUGCCGCAGAGCCUCAACGCCGAGCCGACCGACGAGGACCUGGCCGCGGCGGUGCGGCGCUACCUCGCCGCGCAGACCGACCUGAUGGCGGUGAGCAAGCGCAACGUGCGCGACGCCGUCAUCGCCGCGUAUCCCAAGGCCGAUCUCGCCUCGCGCAAGGCGACGAUCAACAAGGCCGUCGACGACACGCUCUCCGGUGCCGCCUAGACAGAGCGGCCCGCCCGGCCGCCGCAUGACCUCUCCUUCUCCAUCCCCCUUCCCGACUCUCAUGUAGCCCCGCGCACAAUCUGACGACUUUACUUCAUGCGAUGAUAUUCUGUGCCAG